GUGUUGGCCUGCGCGGGGCGGGGCCCAGGGAAGGCGGGGCCGGCGGAGGCCAGAGGAGCGGCGGCAGCGGGACCCCAGCGCUGGGAGCUGGGCCUCAGUCCGCGGCGCCCUGGCAGCUGUAUCUGUGUGUGCAUCUUAGAGAAGUAGGGCCCUUUGGGAACAAUGCCUCCACCAUCAGAUAUUGUCAAAGUGGCCAUUGAGUGGCCAGGUGCUAAUGCCCAGCUCCUUGAAAUCGACCAGAAACGGCCCCUGGCAUCCAUCAUCAAGGAAGUUUGUGAUGGGUGGUCAUUGCCAAACCCUGAGUAUUAUACCCUGCGGUAUGCAGAUGGGCCCCAGCUCUACAUCACUGAACAGACUCGCAGUGACAUUAAGAAUGGGACAAUCUUACAGCUGGCUAUCUCCCCGUCCCGGGCCGCACGCCAGCUGAUGGAGAGGACCCAGUCAUCCAGCAUGGAGACCCGGCUGGAUGCCAUGAAGGAGCUGGCCAAGCUCUCUGCCGACGUGACCUUCGCCACCGAGUUCAUCAACAUGGAUGGCAUUGUUGUGCUGACGCGGCUCGUGGAAAGUGGAACCAAGCUCUUGUCCCACUACAGUGAGAUGCUGGCAUUCACCCUGACUGCCUUCUUAGAACUCAUGGACCAUGGCAUUGUCUCCUGGGACAUGGUUUCCAUCACCUUCAUUAAGCAGAUUGCAGGGUACGUGAGCCAGCCUAUGGUGGACGUGUCCAUCCUUCAGAGGUCCCUGGCCAUCCUGGAGAGCAUGGUCUUGAAUAGCCAGAGUUUGUACCAGAAGAUAGCAGAGGAAAUCACUGUGGGACAGCUCAUCUCUCACCUCCAGGUCUCCAACCAGGAAAUUCAGACCUACGCCAUUGCCCUGAUUAACGCACUUUUUCUGAAGGCUCCUGAGGACAAGCGACAGGACAAGCACCUUAAUCCUCUAGACCUGCCUGCCACUGACAUGGCCAAUGCAUUUGCACAGAAGCACCUUCGGUCCAUAAUCCUAAAUCAUGUGAUCCGAGGGAACCGCCCGAUCAAAACUGAGAUGGCCCAUCAAUUGUAUGUCCUACAAGUCCUGACCUUUAACCUUCUGGAAGAAAGGAUGAUGACCAAGAUGGACCCCAAUGACCAGGCUCAGAGAGACAUUAUAUUCGAAUUGAGGAGGAUUGCAUUUGAUGCAGAGUCUGACUCGAGCAAUGUCCCUGGGAGUGGGACUGAAAAACGCAAAGCCAUGUAUACCAAGGACUACAAAAUGCUGGGAUUUACUAACCAUAUCAACCCAGCAAUGGACUUCACGCAGACUCCUCCUGGAAUGCUGGCCUUGGACAACAUGCUGUACUUGGCUAAAGUCCACCAGGACACCUAUAUCCGGAUCGUCCUGGAGAACAGCAGCCGCGAAGACAAACAUGAAUGCCCCUUUGGCCGCAGUGCGAUUGAGCUUACCAAAAUGCUCUGUGAAAUCCUCCAGGUUGGGGAACUACCAAACGAAGGGCGCAAUGACUAUCACCCCAUGUUCUUUACCCACGACCGAGCCUUUGAGGAGCUCUUCGGAAUCUGCAUCCAACUGCUGAACAAGACCUGGAAGGAGAUGAGGGCAACAGCCGAGGACUUCAACAAGGUUAUGCAGGUUGUCCGAGAGCAGAUCACUCGUGCUCUGCCCUCCAAACCCAACUCUUUGGAUCAGUUCAAGAGCAAACUGCGCAGCCUGAGCUACUCUGAGAUUCUGAGGCUGCGCCAGUCCGAAAGGAUGAGCCAGGAUGACUUCCAGUCGCCGCCAAUUGUGGAGCUGAGGGAGAAGAUCCAGCCCGAGAUUCUUGAGCUGAUCAAGCAGCAGCGUCUGAACCGGCUCUGUGAGGGCAGCAGCUUCCGGAAGAUUGGGAAUCGCCGAAGGCAAGAGCGUUUCUGGUACUGCCGCCUCGCACUGAACCACAAGGUCCUGCACUACGGUGACUUGGAUGACAACCCUCAAGGGGAGGUGACAUUUGAAUCCCUGCAGGAGAAAAUUCCUGUUGCAGACAUCAAGGCCAUUGUCACUGGGAAAGAUUGCCCCCACAUGAAAGAGAAAAGCGCUCUGAAACAGAACAAGGAGGUGUUGGAGUUGGCUUUCUCCAUCCUCUAUGACCCCGAUGAGACCUUAAACUUCAUUGCGCCUAAUAAGUAUGAGUACUGCAUCUGGAUUGAUGGCCUCAGUGCCCUUCUGGGGAAGGACAUGUCCAGCGAGCUGACCAAGAGUGACCUGGACACCCUGCUGAGCAUGGAGAUGAAGCUGCGGCUCCUGGACCUGGAGAACGUCCAGAUCCCGGAAGCGCCCCCACCGGUGCCCAAGGAGCCCAGCAGCUACGACUUUGUGUAUCACUAUGGCUGAGCCCGAGCCAGCGGCGACGGCACCCAGGAAGGCAUUUGGGACCCAGGAGAAACACUCACAGUCUGGUGCCUUGUCUUUUGCUUGUACAGAAUCCAUAGGGACUGUGGUGGCCAGUAAAUGCCAACCAUUCCACCAACCCACCUCUGACCACCCAGAGCUUCCUCUUGGUCCCCAUCCACUCUGAGACAUGAAGGCAGGUGCUCUGCCCUCCCAUCACUGUGGAGCCUGGCUUUGGGCCAUGAGGAUCGAACAGCAAAUGCCCUUGCCCUUCAGGCCAAGAAAUUGCUUUCUGAGCUGGAUAACAACAGCCACUCACCUUUUCUUCCUGAGCCUACUCUCCCGUGGUCAGCUGGCUCCCAUGUGGGCAAGAGCUGGUCCAGGAAAGGCGGCUGCAGAGGACAGUGCUAGGCAUGUUGGGAGCCCUGCAGAGACUGCCUUUGGGUGACCCUGUGCCUGUCUCAGAUCUAAGUAGAGGCCUUGCCCUUGCUUUUGUCGUCUUUGUGAGGGCUCACUCCGGCCUCAGACAGGGCCACCAUGCGGCUGGCUGCUGAGGCUCGACACUGACUCCUCCUCUCGGGAUCUACCAGGCCUUUCUUGUUCACGUAAUUAAUUGUCUGGGCAGAUGGAAAUGCCUCCCUACCAGCUCACAAUCUCCCAUCCUGGCUAGUCAGAGACAUCGAGGCUGAGUCCCACCCUGUUAGUCUCCAGGAACUCUGCAAGGAGCCUGCGGUGAGGUCACUAGAGUCCACUCCCCUCUCCAUACUUACAUCUUUCCCUUCCUCCGGGGAAGACCGCCCACCCAACCCGAAGCGCAGCCCUCCAGGAGGCUUUCCUUCGGCCUUCCAGACCUCGGCAAGUUGGGCUUCCCUUCCUGCCCAUCUCAGUGCUGUGGUCCCUGCCAUUGGCCAUGACUUCAGGGAGCUAGCUGGAGGCCACCGCUGUGCCAGCGGCUUUCCCUGGUGCUGCCGCACGUGUAGACCACACGCACAGCCUCUCUCCUUGGACAUACGUGAACAGUGGCAUUCCGUUUUGGUAGCCUGGCACGGUAGGUACUACCCAAUGAAGAGUGUACUAUAUAUUUUCUUUACUAUAGGCCAUACUUAUACAGACGUGUAUAUAUAUUUAUAUAAGAUCUACCUAUCCUAGGAUGGAAUGCUUGAGGGAUUAUAAAAUUGGAAGAAAAAAAAAAAAAAAAGUAACACUUCCAGUUGUGAGCCAAGAUUGUAACCUGAGAGCAGCCAGGAGCUUCCUGUCAGUAACAUGUUUUCAAUAAAUACUCUUUCAUGUAC